UGCGUCUCCUUCCAUGUUGUCGUGGGCACCAUGUUGAACCCUCAUCGCCACUCAGUGCUGACCAAUGCCUGUGUCAAGCCCUCAGUGGACCCUGUUAACCGGAUCGCCGGCACCAUCUAUGAGCCAAAGGGGCGGGUGCGGCUUUUGGGCCUGAUAUCGGAGAGCUCCCCUCCACAGCAGGAGGACUACCUGGAUGCUGGUGAUGGGAUGUUGAUCUGUAUGAAGCGGGCAAAGAAGAGAGGCCCUCACCCCGCAAGGAAGCCCUGCUGGGAGCCUGAGGAAACAGCCCCAAAUGCCAACAGCAUCUCAGACAUAGAACCGGAGCAAGAACUGAGCAGGCAACCCCCAGUACCUCCCACACCAGAUGUCAGCAAUGCCUCGCCAAGCCCGACACCAGUUCCCGCAUCUGCCAAGCAAUCUCGACCGGGUUCCUUCCCCUUCCACUGGAUGUGGGAAAGCAUCUCUGUCAAUGGCCAGGCCAUGUUCCAAGACCGGCUCCUGGAGAAACCCAAGAAGAAGAGGUCCCCUCAGACUUCUGUCACCACCUUCCGUGAGCCUCCCUGCACACCAGAGCCGGGAAGCCCGAGAGCCGGCAGCCCUAAAGGCGGCCAUUACUCAAAAGACCCCAAGCCCUCGAAUGCCGUUCCUGAGGAUCCCUGGCCCACGUGCCAGAAGUGCCACCGACAAGUGGGCCCGCCUCCCGGGAGCUCCCUCUUGCCUCUCUACUGGAAGAUGGACGCCCGGCAGGAGGCUCGGAAGCGGCAGAUGCGCCAGGAACGCCAGCGCUGGCUGCAUCUCACCCAGCAGCUCCUGAGGCUAGAGGAUCAGGGCCCCAGGAGCAACAAGCAGUUCUCGCUCAAGCGGCUGGAAGAGAAACUCCGAGCGGAGCUCCUCUGCCUGGCCACAGAGCCCGAGGAGCCUGCUCCCCAGAGGGAGGCGAGGAAAGCCAAGGGCCGGGCCCAGGCCAACAAGGAAGAACAGCUGACCUUCCAGCCCAUCAUCAACCGCAGGAUCCCCAAUUUCAAGAGUCUCCAGAGGCGCUUCCAAGAGCAACUGGAGCAGAGGAAGGAGCAAGCAAAGCUGACCAUCUGUAAGCCUUUCCGACUUCACUCCAUGGGCAGCUCCCAGCAAUUCUCUGGAGAAGAGGACAAGCAGGACACAGGAGACCCGUAUUACGAGGUCCGGCGGUUGUAUGGGAUUCACUGGAGGGCCCAUUCUUGCCCAGACUUUGGUCCCCCCAUGGUUGCUCCAGUGAUGCACACCAAGACCUCUGACAAGCGGCAAGAGGCCAACAGGAUGCUCUUGCUGGAGUGGGAGAGGCGGGAACGGAGGGAGAAGCGGCGAGCCGAGCUGCGCAGGGCGAAGGAGCAGCAAGUGCAGCGGGAAGUGGCCAAGUGCUUGGCGACCUACCAGACCAUGGACCACCCCUCCGUGUCAUUGCAGAGAAAACGGGAGAUGCUCAGGAGGCAGGAGAAGCAGCGCAUGGAAGAGUACACAUUGCAGCUGCAGGAGAUGCAAGACCGCGUGGAGAGCAGACCUUUCUUGUUUGAGAGAGUCAUGCAGGCCAACGCCCGCCAGGCUGUGGAGCGCCGUUUCUCCCAGGUCCUGGCUGCGCUGGGGAUCGACGAAGAAAUGCUGUGGAAGCAUGCGGUGCGGCAAUCUGCUCGCAAGUCCUCGGGCAAAGCCAUGCGUAGGAGGACAGAGUCUCCAGAAGAUCUCCCAGAAUCGACCUGAAAGCAAAGCCUGGCAGCCAGAGAAGAGAGAGAGGGAGAAAGAAAGGAAGGAAGGAAGGAAGGAAGGAAGGAAGAAAGAAAGAAAGAAAGAAAGAAAGAAAGAAAGAAAGAAAGAAAGAAAGAAAGAAAGAAAGAAAGAAAGAAAGAAAGAAAGAAAGAGGGAACCUUGCAGCCAGAUCUGCACCUUCUGGACCUGUAGUCAUGAGGCACCUAGAAAUAAAACUAGCUUUGGAGACAAGAAAGACUCAGCCUGCUCUGAGGGGGGUGUCCUGGGCAGUUGAAAAUGGCUCUUGGUUGUGAUGAAAGGUGGGGAAUCCUUUUCAGCUCGAGGGUCACUUUCCCUUCUAGGUAACAUUCCAGGGGCCACAUGCCUAUGGUAAGUAGGGCCAAGGGCAGAAGUGGAUGGAGCACUCAUGCCAGAGUGCCAGAAUGAAAGCUGCUUGUGUUUUGUCCCACAAGAUCACAAAACAAGCAUCAUUUAGUUUUGUGCUCGCAUGCAGGCGCAAGAGCUUGGGACCAAGAAAGGAGCAUCCCUAUUUUGGUCCCCAUGAUGUUGGAGGGUAUGAUUACACUACUGUAAUCAUACAGUACAACCAUACAACCAGUUUCUGAAACUUUCCCCACCUUCUUGUAGUGGGAUUGGUUUGUUUUCUGUUAUUGGUUAUGAUUCCUUACAUGGUCUAAAAAGAAAAGCUAAAAAUAAAAUGUGGAGAGGGGCAGGAGAUCUGUGGCCGGGGCCUUGGGCUCCAUAGGUUGUCUUCCAACAUUACCGCCUCUUGACAUCCUUAGCAUCCUCUGCCUUGCCUCACAAUGGCAUCACAAAGAGCUGCCAAGGCUCCUCAUUCGGAAGCCUGGGGCCUUCCGUGUUCCAGGUUCGCCACAGCCCAGACUGGAGAAGCAGACUGGGAGGACAUUUCUAGGCAGGCGCAUCUGAGCUGUGAGGGCUCCUUCAAUUCGCCACCAUGGAUUACCGAUACCUCACUGUGCCCUCCAUGUCCUCUGUGCCUCAGAUGGAGAAAGUGAUGCAGUUUCCGACCCAGGAGAAGGGCCAAGCCGGAGUGCCUGGGACUGACCUUUCCGGCCUUGGACCCUCACCCCACCCUGAGGUUUCCACAGUCCUGGCCGUCAGCUCCAUGUCGCACUCCAUGAGAGGGUCUAAACGCCACCGGAGAAGAUUUAGCAAUCAGAGCAGCAGGUCGAGGAGAAGUUCCAAAUCUACACCUGGAGGGAUGAGAGUCAAAAGUGAGGGGGCGAUUCCAGGGGUGCAGUUUGACUUUACAUAGGUGCAGCAGACCUUCCCACCCCCCGGACCAUUUUUAGAUGGCCAUGUGCUUUAUACCGAACCGGACCCCUGGCCAUCAAACUCCGUCUCUCUGUCAGGAGUGGGGAGCCUUUUCUAGUCAGAGCUCCAGCUCCUUAGCUCCAAAAAACCCUGGCAGGAUGGUUGGAGGGGAAGUUUACAUGGGGAUUGAUCUAUUGGCAGAGUAGCUAAAUUGCCGCUAGGAAGCCAGAUCUGACUCUUUUAUUGAAAUUAAAACAAGGUUAAAAUAUUCAAAGCUUUCACUUGCAGAACACCGUAGCUAAGGAAGAAUAUAUUUACAUUCACAUACUUAUCCAAGCAUGGGAAUUGUUCCCCCCCCCCAUAACGUUUAUUUGAGUCUUAACACACUGUCGAAUCUAAUGUGCACCUCAGUUUUCAGAACUUUGAAACCAUGUGUGUGUGUGUGUGUGUGUGUGUGUGUUUGUAUCUAUCUAUCUAUCUAUCUAUCUAUCUAUCUAUCUAUCUAUCUAUCUAUCUGUCUAUCUGUCUAUCUAUCUAUCUGUCUAUCUAUCUACUGUAUCUAUUUGCUGGUGAAUGUAAAUGUGCCAUUGAAUCUAAUGCACACCUUAGUAUUUGCAAUGUAAUUUGGCCAAAGAAGGUGAACAUUAGAUUUAAGUAAAUACCGUAGUUGAAGAUUCUUCCGUAAAUAUUCAAACUAACUCGGUCUGUCUGUCUUUCCAAUCCUUGCACUCAGCCUUCUGUACAUUACCCAGCUAACCCAUGCAGCUCCUUCCAAGAGGUUUCCACUUCUCCUUACGGCCUCUUUGGGAGAACACCAGAUUCUGUACUUGUUUUUGUCACAUUCAUUCACAGACAAACAUUAGCACUCUUCUCCUCUAUUGCAUAUCAGACCCUGCAGGUGUCCCUAUUUUCCAGGGACAGCCUCGGAUUUACAGAAGCUGUUCCAGGUUCAAAUUUGAUCCUCUAUUCCUUAGGACGUCCCUAUUUUCAUUGGAGAAAUGUUGGCGGGUAUGGAGUUAUGCAACCCCCAUGCCAAGGAGAUAAGUAAAUAUGCAGCCUUUAGAAGACAUCUGAAGGCAACCCUGUAUAGGGAAGAUUUUUAAUGUUCAAUGUUUCAUUAUGUUUUUAUAUAUGUUGGAAGCUGCCUACAGUGGUUGGGGCAACCCAGGCAGAUGGGUGGGGUAUAAUAAUAAUAGGAUGUCCCUAUUUUUGUCGGAGAAAUGUUAGAGGGUGUGUUGCAUUUAGAGAGUUCUCUCUUUUCUUCAGCCUUUCUCCCAAUGAGCGCCACCGGAAAUGUGGGAAACAUUCCAGAAUUAAACACACAUUCAUGCAUUUAAGCAUUCCCAAUUUCAGUAAAAUAAAUCACUGUACUUAAUACGGUCUCCUCUGGAGGAGGAGGAGGAGCUCAGCCUAACUCCGGGAAUGAUUACUUGGAACUGUGGGACAUUCAGCGGGAAAGCUCAGUUGGUAUAAU